AUGCCUCUGUCUGCCGUCGCGCAGGCAGUUCCGCCUGUCAACGAGGAAACCGGAGUAUCCGCCUAUGCCUUUGACAUGAGCCAAGUCUCUCUCAGCACCAGCCGCUGGCAUGACAACCAAGACAGGACCUUGACUUAUAUCAAGUGGGUUGAUGUGGACCGCCUGCUCUACAACUUCAGGAUUACCCACGGCCUGUCAACCGGCGAUGCGGAACCAAACGGCGGAUGGGACGCACCGGAUUUCCCAUUCCGGACCCAUUUCCAGGGACAUUUUCUUAAUGCCUGGGCAUACUGCUAUGCCGCGCUUCAAGACACCGAUUGCCGAGACAGGGCCAUCUACUUUGUCGAGGAACUCGCCAAGUGCCAGGCAAACAAUGAAGCCGUUGGUUUCAACACCGGAUACCUUUCUGGGUUCCCGGAAUCCGAGAUCGAUCGUCUCGAGAAACGUACUCUAAGCAACGGCAACGUUCCAUACUACGCCAUCCACAAGACCAUGGCUGGGCUUCUUGAUGUAUGGCGCCACAUCGGCGACACAACCGCUCGAGACGUGCUCUUGGACAUGGCCGCUUGGGUCGACGGACGCACUAGCAAGUUGACCUAUGCUCAAAUGCAGAACAUGAUGAGCACUGAGUUUGGUGGCAUGAAUGAAGUUCUGGCCGACGUCUUCCACCAGACGGGCGACGAGCGCUGGUUGACGGUGGCCCAGCGGUUCGACCAUGCAAGCGUGUUCGAUCCCCUUGCAUCCAACAUCGACAGCCUCAAUGGACUCCACGCCAACACUCAAGUACCCAAGUGGAUCGGUGCUGCACGAGAGUUCAAGGCCACGGGGACCAGCCGAUACAAGGCCAUCGCCAGCAACGCGUGGAACCUCACCGUCAACGCGCACUCGUACGCCAUUGGUGGCAACAGCCAGUCCGAACACUUCCGCGCUCCCAACGCCAUCGCGUCAUUCCUCAAGGAGGACACGUGUGAAGCUUGCAACACCUACAACAUGCUCAAGUUGACCCGAGAACUGUGGCUUACCAACCCGACCGAGACGAGCUACUUUGACUUUUAUGAGAGAGCGCUGCUCAACCAUCUCCUUGGACAGCAGCACCCAACCAGCGAUCACGGCCACAUCACCUACUUCACUCCUCUAAACCCUGGCGGCCGAAGGGGUGUUGGCCCAGCUUGGGGAGGCGGUACCUGGAGCACUGACUACGAUUCGUUCUGGUGCUGCCAAGGAACCGCAUUGGAGACAAACACUAAGCUGGCGGACUCAAUCUACUUUUACGACAGCUCGUCGCUCUAUGUCAACUUGUUCACGCCCUCGGUUUUGAAGUGGACAAGCCGCGGAAUUACCGUCACCCAGAGCACCGAAUUUCCCGUCGGGAACACCACAACGCUCAAAAUCGCCGGCGGAAACGGAGGCAGGUGGACGUUGCGGGUGAGAAUUCCCGGUUGGACGUCAGGCGCGACGAUCAAGGUCAAUGGCAAGGCGGUGAACGUUGAUGUCACCCCGGGAACCUAUGCCUCGGUAACCCGGUCGUGGCGAUCGAACGACACUGUGACGGUGACGCUUCCAAUGAAGCUGCACACUGUCGUAGCAAAUGAUGAUGCCGGCGUUGCGGCACUCGCAUAUGGUCCUGUGAUCCUGUCAGGAGACUACGGAGACAAGACGCUGGAUGCAACACCUACGCUGGACCUGGGUACAGUGAAGCAGGUAGAUGGUCUUGAGUUUGAAGGAACGGCUGGUGGAGAGACAGUGAGCUUGGUCCCAUUUUAUGACGCGCAUGAUAUCAACUACAAUGUGUACUGGAAGACAAGCGGAACGCUGUAA